AUGGCGUACAACAAAGGCUUCAACCCGGACAGGCUGCCUAUGCAUGCAGAGCCUGAGCAGGCUGCUGCCAUGAUGUCGCAAAACGCACCUGCAGCCGCACGCCCACCGCGCACAAGUUCAGCGCGUCCGGACUACAACAAACCUCCCCCGCCCGUUCCCAGCGGCCAGAGAUACGACACCCGUCCAGAUGAGCGCUAUGGCGGCGGUGGGGGACGCGGCGCAGGAGGUGGUGGAUAUGAUAGCAGACCCCCACCAGGCGCAUACAGCGACACGCGCUACGACAGCCGGUACGACUCGAGACAGGACAACAGAAUGGCAGUCGGGUCGCCUCCACCCGCCAACUAUGGCCAUGGACCACCACCACAGGGAUAUCAUGGGAGGCCGCAGUUGGCGCAACAGUCGAGGCCGCCGCCCACGCCUGCGCCGCCAAGGGAUGCGAAUGACCGCGAGGCACUCUGGAGAUUGUUCGGCGCCGUCGACAAGGACAAGAGUGGUGAGCUCACAGAAGCUGAACUGCGGACUGCGCUCGUCAACGGAGAUUGGACACCUUUCGACCCACACACUGUCCGUAUGAUGAUUCGGAUGUUCGACACCAACAGAUCUGGAUCUGUCAACUUUGAUGAAUUCUGUGGACUAUGGGGCUUCCUCUCUGCCUGGCGCAGCCUCUUCGACCGUUUUGAUCAAGAUCACAGCGGUAGCAUAUCCUACGCCGAGUUUAAUGAGGCCCUCAUUGCCUUUGGAUACCGCCUUUCCCAGCAAUUUGUCGCCCUUCUGUACCGCACCUACGACCGUGAUGGUCGCAAUGCACUGAGCUUCGAUCUAUUUGUGCAAGCGUGCAUUAGUCUGAAGAGGAUGACGGAUGUGUUCAAGAAGUAUGACGAGGACCGCGAUGGUUAUAUCACACUGAGCUUCGAGGAGUUUCUCACAGGUGCGCAAGCUUUAUUCCUCUUCAACUCCAUUUCGGCCACCACUGAUACCGGACUCUACUAG